AUGGAUUCACAUGGGGGUCCAUACCUCAACAUUAGGGCCCUCUGCUCACCUCUGGGUGCUGCCCGCCUUUGUCAGUUAGCCAUGGGCUGUGCAGUGAUUGCCAUGGUAACCCACAAUGCCGGGUUCAGCGGCUCACAUGGUGUGUUCUGUAUGGCGGCGUGGUGCUUCUGCUUCGCCAUGACAGUUGUGGUGUUUUUCCUGGACGCCACUCGUCUCUACAGCUGCCUCCCCAUUUCCUGGGACAACCUCACCGUCACAUGUGCUGCCUUCGCGACCCUCAUGUAUGUGACAGCCUCUGUGGUCUACCCACUCUUCUUUGUCCAAUCUGAGUGCCCCUACGCCGGCUGUGCUGUCAGAAACUUCCGCAUCGCUGUAACUGUGUGCUCCAUCCUGGGUACUCUGGCCUACGGGGCUGAAGUGGCCUUGUGCCGAGCCAGGCCAGGCCAGGCGGUGGUGGGCUACAUGGCCACGGUGUCUGGCCUCCUCAAGGUCGUUCAGGGCUUUGUGGCCUGCAUCAUCUUUGGAGCUCUGGCCAACGGGAGCGAGUAUUCCCGUUACGCCGCCACGAUCUUCUGUGUUGUCGUUUAUGCUUUCUGCUUUGCUCUGACCGCCGUGGUGGUCGUCAUGACCGUGUGUGGGCGGACAAAGGCUGUGCGCUGCUUGCCUUUUGACCGCUUUGUGGUGGUGUGCACCCUCCUGGAAGUUCUGCUCUACCUGAGUGCAUCAGUGGUGUGGCCGGUGUUCUGCUUUGACACAAAGUAUGGCUCUCCAUGGAGACCGUCGUCGUGCCCUCAGGGAAGGUGUCCGUGGGACAGCAAGCUCGUGGUGGCCGUGUUCUCCUUCGUCAACUUUGGACUGUAUGUGGCGGACCUGAUCUACUCUCAGAGGAUACGAUUUGGCUCCUCACAUAACCCACGAGUGUAG